ACUCAAGCCAUGUGAUCCUGACCACCAUUAAACCAUCUUUCCAAGCAGUCUCCAUGUUUCCAGUGUCUGUUUCCCCACUUGGAGCAGAACCCAGAAGGAUGUUUCUUCCAACAGUUUCCUGCAACGGUUUUACAAGCCAUCUUGGAAAUACCAAGAAAAUACCAUUUUCUCAAAGAAUAUGAGGCGGAACCAUUCUUUGCGGUUCACGUUUCCAUCCGGACUUUCUUUGUCCCUUCCGCUCUUUUUUUUCCCCCCACUUCUUUCCUGCGUUACAAUGGCGACGAGCGCCCCGUUUCUUUUCCUUCUUGUCGUUCUUUUGCUAUGGCUCCUUUCUCGUUGGUGGCUGCAGCGCUACCGCGGGCUGAGGAAGUGGCGGCGGCCGGACCACCGGACGCUUUUCUCAGACGGACCGGUAGCGUCAGCGACGCUGCGACGAGACGUCCAGGCCACCCGCGUCCUCUUCGUGACGGCGCACCCUGAUGACGAAGCCAUGUUCUUCGCCCCCACCAUCCUCGCCUUGAAGUCGGCCAGCUUGUGGCUGCUCUGCGGCUCCACAGGGAAUUACUAUCAGCAGGGAGAGAUUCGUAAAGCGGAACUGAUAGAAAGCUGCAAAGUUCUGGGGAUCCCUCCUUCCAAUGUAACCAUCCUGGACCACAGGAAACUUCCAGAUCAUCCGUCUGCCGAGUGGGACGUCCCUCUCCUCGCAGAGCUGAUCCUCUCACAAAUCGAAACCCACCACAUUGAUUUGGUUGUAACCUUUGACGCCAGAGGUGUGAGUGGCCACCCAAACCACCGAUCGGUUUACUCAGCUGUCAGGUCCUUGCACUCCGAGAGGAAGGUUCCAGAAGGUUGUCGGUUCCUCAUCCUGGAGACGGUGAACGUUUUCCGGAAAUACAUUUCCAUCUGGGACGCUCCGCUCAGCAGUUACCAAAACCAGGAUGUUCUCUUUAUAGCGACGGAAAAAGAAGCAGAACUGGCCAAGAGAGCAAUGCGGUGCCACCACAGUCAGCUGCUCUGGUUCCGCCGUCUGUACGUGAGGUUCUCCCGCUACAUGGUGGUCAACUCGCUGCGUUUCCUCUAACGGAGGAGCUGGAGACCCAGAGAGAAAAAAAGGGAGGAAGAUGUGACUCUCUAGGUCCCGGCCGAGCGGAACAAUCUAGCAGGACCAAGAAGAAGGGACUUCUCCGUGGAAGAAAGGAAAUAAGAUGUUAUGGCUCUCCUCUCUUAAGGAGGUCCAUCUGGUGGGACCGAGAAGGGCCCUCUCUGUGGCGGCUCCAUCUACGUGGAACAUCAUACCUGCAGUGGUGGGUUGCACAGUAUGGUAGUCCGGUUCGCCGCGCGCAUACUCACUUUGUGCGUGCGUGCGCCCGGUUCACACGCACCUGCCUUCCGUGCAUGCAAUUUCCUCGCCGAGCCUCAAAAACAUCCCUAAAUAGGACGACAUAGAGUAGGGGCAGGUGGGCAGGCCUACCCAUGAUUUCUGUUACCAGUUCAGGCGAACCGGUGCGAACCGGCUGAAUACCACCUCUGCAUCCCUGUGGAAAUAAGAUGUUAAGGCUCUCCUCUCUUAAGGAGGUCCAUCUGGUGGGACCAGGAAGGGCCUUCUCUGUGGUGGCUCCCUCCACAUGGAACAUCAUCCCUGCAGUGGUGGGUUGCACAUUGUGGUGCUACCGGUUCGCCGCGCGCACGCUCGCAUCGUGCCUGCGCACACCUGCCUUCGUGCAUGCGCUUGGCCUUCUGUGCAUACACCCGGUCUCAAAAACAUCCCUAAAUAGGACGACAUAGAGCAGGGGCAGAUGGGCAGCCCAGCCGUGAUUUCUGCUACCAGUUUUGGCGAACCGGUCUGAACCAACUGAAGAUGUUACGGCUCUCCUCUCUUAAGGAGGUCCCUCUGGUGGGACCAGGAAGGGCCCUCUCCGUGGUGGCUCCCUCCCUGUGAAACAUCAUCCCUGCGGAGAUACUGUUACUGUUUGGAACUGUUUAUUGUGGAUGACUACAACGACUGGUAAGAAGACUUUGUUAUUGGAUUAUCCCUGGACUAUUGUUUAACCAUCUACUGCUUUAUAUGUGAAUGACCUGGACUGUUUAUUGGACUGUGCCUUAUUACUAUUUCCUGAAAGUAAAUGUCAAGUUUCUGAAAGAUGCCCUAAUUAAUUCAUGAGCCAUGAUCCAAACUUCAAAGGAAAUAUAGUCAUUUAUUUGGAGCAACAUUCCGGCAAUACUGGGAUGCAGUUAGGACUGAUCCCACGUAGAUUUACGUUCCCCUAUGACCCUGUCUCUCCCCUCCUCUCUGGCCAUGUCAUAAAUCACAUUCUCCAAUUACCCACUUUGGCUGGCUGUGAAACCCAACACCCUCCGACUGAUUGCGGUAAGAAAGCAUCUAUGGAAUGCAGCUUCAGUUAGGAAAAUCAAUCAGCUCUAUCAGUUCUCCCUCCCUCCUGCUCAUGGCAACUUGAAAGCUUUGCAAGUUGACAGUAAACACAACUCAGUGUA